AUGUUAGAGGAUUUUUUGACUGCUAAUUUGAUCAUUAACUCUUUUAAAAUGUGCUAUUUGAGAUAUAAUUGUAGUAAAACUAAAAUUUUAGAAAUAUUAGCCGGAAGAUUUAUUAAAAAAAAGAAAACAAAAGACGAGCAGAAUAAAAUGAGCGUAGAGAAAGAAACUUCAAAAAAUCGGAAACAUAAAGAAGAGAGUAAAUCAAUUGCUUCAAAGUAUACCAAUCAUCGAAAGCUAAUUUGCAUGCGAUCUGGUCGAUCACAACCAAUAAUAGCUUCUGCUAUUCCAUUAUCAGUUCGUAUUGCUACUCUAAAAUUGCAACGAUCAUAUUCACUUAUUUUAUUUGGAAUAACUAAUGCUGAAACAGUUGAUCAAAUAUUUCCAAAUUGGUUUAACCGAUCAUUUGUUGGAAAUAGCGAUGACAUUGCUUAUCGACCCUAUGAUUUAAAUAUGCCAUCGUCAUUAUUAAGACGACCAAUUGCGCAUUAUCAGUUUGAUUCACCAAUUACUGAGCAUGGCAAAAUAUGCGCUGCAUUAAUUGGACGAGGCAUUUUGCAUGCUAAUUAUCAACCAAAAAUUAUAUUUACAUCACCUGAGCUAAGGUGUAUUCAAACAGCACAUUCAAUUCAACGUUCAUUGCAAAUUCAAAAUUGGUGUAUUUGUGUUGAACCGUCAUUAGCUGAAUUUACAGCCUUUCGAGAUGAGAGCCAAAAAUAUUGGCUAACAAUUGCACAGUUACAAAAACAAGGCAUACUUUCAACUGAUCAAAUUUAUACGCCAUUAUUAAAAGUUGAUGAACUUUCAAAAAAUGAAACACCACAAGAAUUUAUUCAUAGGUUACAACGAUUUUACGAACAUAUCAUUGUAAAUUUUAAAGAUAGAUGUGCCAUAAUUGUUAGUAAUAUUACUGGAAUUUUUGUUCUAAAUGAUGGAAUAGCUAAAACUCCAUGGGAUUUACAAAAAUGUCACACUUUGAUGACAACCUGUCAACUAUGUGCUAUUAAAGUUACAACUAAUGGAAAAAUUGAAUCUAUCAACAAUCCUAUUCUACCACUAACACGGACAUUAUUUGAUGCUAAAAAUGUUUAA